AUGCCCUGGUUUCCGGAACACGACCGUAUUCACCUGAUCCUCAUACUUGUUUGGGUGCCGCUGCAGAUGCUUGCCCUUCAGUACAUCCGCGGUGGUGGCUCCGAGUCUGCAAGCAUCCCAGAGGAGCCGCAGGAGAUCGUAGAACUACAUGAGCGAGAUCAUGUUUUUUUCGGUGCCAGCCAGGCUGUUCGUAAAACGCAUGCCCCGAAGGUUCGCUUCCAAAUCGGUGACGUAGUACAACACCGGAAACUGGGCUGCCUGGGGGUGGUGGUUGGAUGGGACGAGGUCGCGCGUGCGCCUGCUCUCUGGAUGGCUAUGCGGUAUCCGGACUUGCAACAAGAAAUUCGCAUACGUGAGCAGCCCAACUUUCGUGUCCUCUUAGACUCAAGAGCCACCCUCUAUGAGUUGAAUCCAAUUUAUGUGGCCCAGGAGGAUCUCAACGCCGCCAGCUCGACUGGAAAGGCCGGUGGCAAGAAACCACGCUCAUCGGACGAUGAUACUUUGCCUAUAAAACACUCCCUUCUGCCCGAGUAUUUUGACUACUUUGAGUCGGAUAAGUUUAUCCCUCGGCCCUGGCUUCGUCGUAUCUACCCCCGCGGGUGA